AAAAAGAUUGGGGAUAAGGAAAAAACUGAAGAAAUGUGAAAAUUCAACGAUCAUUUUCAUGGCGAAGAGAAAACAGAUGCGAAAGGAGUUAUACCGGGACUCCUUUGAGCCUCGAAACGCUGGAUCAAAAUGCUCAUAGUGGAGAAGACCACAGACUUCCCCUCUACUGAGUUCUCUCUGGUGGAGGAUGUGGCUCUGCACUUCACCUGUUUGAUGGACAGGCUGAACGAGCAGCGCCUCUUCCAGCCUGACCUGUGUGACGUUGACAUCGUUCUGGUGCGUCAGCACAGCACCUUCCCGGCCCACAAGGGCGUGCUGGCGGCCUACAGCCCUUUCUUCCACUCCCUGUUUGCCCAAAGCAAACAGCUGCGACGGGUGGACCUGUCCCUGGAUGCCCUGACCUCGCAGGGCCUGCAGCAAAUCCUCAACUUUAUUUACACCUCCAAACUGCUGGUGAGCAGCCGCACUGUUCGUGACGUGCUCAACGCUGCCACCCUGCUGCAGAUGAGCGACAUCGCAGCCUCCUGUCGAGAGCUCAUCAGCAGCCACUCGCUGAGAACCACCUCCUCAGAAAUGGCCAAUCAGGAAGGGCUUAGCAGUGGCGACCCAGCUGCUGUGGCAGUGCCCCCUGUCCAGCUGUACCGGGAGAUCAAACAGGAGGCAGAGCUGGGGAGGGUGUACACGCGGGAGGGCAGCAGCCCCUUCUCUGUGAGGGUAGAGGAGGGUCCAGGGAAGACAGCUGCCCAGCCCAAACAGUACUACCAGAAGGAGGAGGGGGCGGGGGGCGGGGCUGGGGCGGGUGUGGCAGCCAUGUGCAAAGUAGAGGGCAAUGGGGAGGAGUCAAAGAAGUCAGAAGGUCACACUUCCUUCAACAGAGAUCAGAUCAUUGUUGAGGUCAACCUCAACAACCAGACCCUCAAUGUGUCAAAGGGAUCAGAGGGCAAAUCCACAGCUGCCGCAGAAACAGCCACCAUGUUUGGCCGUUGCCAUGACAAUGAGAGAGAUUCAGAGGAUGAGGAUGAAAAUGAGGAGGAAAACGAUGAUGCGGUUGGGGAAGAGGAUGAUGAUGAUCUGAAGGCGGAGGACAUGCUGGGCCAGAGCAGCGAAGAGGAAGACGAAGAGGAAGACGAGGAAGAGGAGGAAAACAACCUAAACAUUCCAGGCUUGGAGCAGCCAGCCAUGAUAGAUCGACCUCGCCGAGGCACCAGAGCCCUGACCAUGGCCGGCACCACCGCCUCCAUGCGGCAGACGCUGGCCGAGGCCACGCUGGCUAACCAGCGGCGGGGCCGGAAGAGGACGCUGGACCCGGAGAGCCUGGGCCAGAAGGUGAGGCUGGAGGAGAAGCAGCACUUCCCCUGUAAGAAAUGCCCGCGGGUCUUCAACAACCGCUGGUACUUGGAAAAGCACAUGAACGUCACUCACAACCGCAUGCAGAUCUGCAAUAACUGUGGCAAACGCUUCCUGCUGGAGAGUGAGCUGCUGCUGCACCAUCAAACCGACUGUGAGAAGAGCAUUCAGUGUGUAACAUGCGGCAAGGCCUUCAAGAAGCUGUGGUCGCUACACGAGCAUAACAAGAUCGUCCACGGCUACGCUGAGAAAAAGUUCUCGUGCGAGAUCUGUGAGAAGAAGUUCUACACCAUGGCUCAUGUCAGGAAGCACAUGGUCGCCCAUACGAAGGACAUGCCAUUCACCUGUGAGACGUGCGGGAAGUCGUUCAAGCGCAGCAUGUCCCUGAAGGUUCACUCUCUGCAGCACUCUGGGGAGAAGCCCUUCAAGUGUGAGAACUGCAGUGAGCGUUUCCAGUAUAAGUACCAGCUGCGCUCCCACAUGAGCAUCCACAUCGGACACAAGCAGUUCAUGUGCCAGUGGUGCGGAAAGGACUUCAAUAUGAAACAGUACUUUGACGAGCACAUGAAGACACACACGGGAGAGAAACCGUACAUCUGCGAGAUCUGUGGGAAAAGCUUCACGAGCCGGCCCAACAUGAAGCGCCACCGACGCACCCACACGGGGGAGAAGCCCUACCCCUGCGAGGUGUGUGGCCAGCGCUUUCGCUUCUCCAACAUGCUCAAGGCCCACAAGGAGAAAUGCUUCCGCGUCAGCAACCCCAUGGUGCCCGACGGCGCCGACCCCCUCGGCCUCGACCAGCCCCUGGCCUCGCCUGCUGUGGACUCGACCGGGCAGGUCCAGCUGGGGGCGGCGCUCCCUGCCACAUCUGUGACCACGCCCGCUGCUGCCUCCAGCCCCCACCCCCUCCACGGCACCCAGCUGUCCCUCCCCCUGCUACACUCGAUGGGGGGGCUGCCUCCCGCCCCACAUUUACCCCCACCGCCUCCCCUAUUCUCUGCCGGUAGGAUGAACUCCAACAACUAA